AAAAACCAAAACAAAGAUAUUGCAACACACCUGAUAAUAAAUCUUUUCUUUUGCUGAAAACCUCAUAAAAAUACAACUCUGCUCUAUAAAAAUGACUGAGAAACCCGCAGUAGUCAUAGACAAUGGUUCCUAUAUGACUGGAGCAGGAUUCGCCGGCGACGACGCGCCAAAAACGGAAUUUUUAACAAAAGUUGGUCGACUGAGGCACUACUUCACCGAUGGCAGUGUUCCUAAUUUGGACCCAUCUGUCGUAACAAAAACUGGUUUAAAGGAGUAUUAUGUCGGUAACGAAGUAAAUGUAAAGAGGGGUAUACUUUGUAUAAAAUAUCCUGUAGAACAUGCGGUUAUUGAUAAGUGGGAAGAAAUUGAAAAGGUAGGGUGUUCCCCUCUCCCCUGUGCUUCAAAUUUUGUUAGGAAUAUUACCUAUCCACCCUGAAAAUAUAUCAUUAAUAUAAAAUAUCUGAUCACAGGAUAGACACACACAGAAGUUUGAUUAAGCCAAAAGAGCAUAACCGCUGUCACGUCAUAAUUUGCUGCCACGUCAUGAUUCAUCGUCAAAAUACUGUCACCAUGGUCCAGCCAGUGUGGUUAUUCACCCCCGAACAUCUGCCAUUUUCAAUAUUCUCAGGGAGGUGAAUGCCUCUCGUAAGUGCAUUGGCUAGGACCAUGGCGACAGCAUUUCAAUGGUUGUGCCAAAAUUACAGGCAAAACCAGAUCUGGUCAUGUUCAAAGGUUAAUAAAAGGCGUUCAAACAGCACAGAUGAAUUCUGAUCUCAAGUUCCAGACAAAUUUAAAUGCAAAGCUACAAUCCUGGCAAAAAUUAUCGUGGACAGCGCGUGCGUCAAACAAAAAUAGAUAUAUUUCUGCAUAAUUUAUCCGCCAGAAAAUUUCUCCCCCUCCUACCCCCAACUCAAUGUUGGUAAAUGAAACUUUUAAAAUUUGAAUGCGAGAAUCAAUGUUGGUAAAUGAAACUUUUAAAAUUUGAAUGCGAGAAUCAACAAUGAAUAGGGGGCAGGGGGUGACAAAUUUCACGAAUGAACGUCUCAGUGUUAAUGUUGGCGUUAGGAAAGUUAGGUGUCCACAUAAUUUUUGCCAGGAUUGUCUGAAAAUGACCUAAAAAAAAUAUCCAUAAUUUUCACCCAAAACAGGCCUUUUACUAUAAAUUUUUGAUGCUGCCAUUGUUUUAGGAUAACAAACAGAUUGUUUAAACUGGUUUAAUUGUUUUUUAAAGCAUAUUUAUAAUUUUGUGGGUGAGCGGCUUUUGGGCAUGAUCGUGAUAUACGCUUUGCUGAACUAAUUAUGCAGACGCAGUAAGACGAGUUUUCAACAAAAGUACUUUAAGUGCGGAACCAAAUUCUCACUAAAUAUAUUUGUUGUGUAUACGCAUCCGAAGCGCUCACUAUUUUCAGAUUUUUUAUAACAAACGCAGCCCAACGGCGACUGUACAGCGCGUUUAAUCUACCAGUGACGUCACACGGUACACGGCUGUGUAGUGUGGUGAUUAAAAUAUUUAAGCUGUGUAUUCUUUACUAUACGAUACACAGCCGUGUACCGUGUGACAUCACUGUUUGAUUAAAGGCGCUCUACAGUCGCUGUUGGGUUGCGCUUGGUACAAAAAAUCUUAAAAUAGUGAGCGCUUCGGAUGCGUAUACACUAAAAUAACCCUAUAGUCUAUUAUAUUUAGUGUGAAUUUGGUUACGCUACAUAGCCGUGUACUGUAUCAAUUUACUACACUUUCAAAAUAACAUUACUUACACAUUUGUACAGUUUUAUACAGUUAUAUUGUAUGAAUACACGGGAAUAUGAUGCUCCAUGCUGCAAACCCAUUGCAAAAUGUUGCAGGCUAACAAAGGAUCUGCAUUAUGAAAUGCAUGUAUAUUACCAAUAAUGCAAAUGAUUCACGCUCAGGAACUAAAGUCAAGAUAGAUCUGUUUGGCUCUAAGUUAUGAGGUAAACAAACCUCGCAUUUUUUGGCUGAACAUUUUCCACUGUCUGACUAAGUACUGUAAGACAUCGUCGUUCUCCACAAUGUUCAAUAAUUUGUAAAACGAAUAUAUUUUUUUUUAGAGUUGCAGACUAAGUUGUAAUUGUAUAAAUCCCGAUAAUACGUAAAAGGCCACUUGACAUGUAAUGUGAUAGGUGACACUUAACAUAGAUCGGAAAGUAAAAAACUAAAUAUAACCUGAUUUACUAAUUGUUUGCUCCUUUUGCUAAACAAACAAGCCUAUUUUAUCUUGGAUCGAGCCUUAAAUUCAUGAAAUCAGGCAGUUGGAAAUAUGUGAUAAUUUCAGACAAUCCUGGCAAAAAUUAUCGUGGACAGCGCGUGCGUCAAACAAAAAUAGAUAUAUUUCUGCAUAAUUUAUCCGCCAGAAAAUUUCUCCCCCUCCUACCCCCAACUCAAUGUUGGUAAAUGAAACUUUUAAAAUUUGAAUGCGAGAAUCAACAUUGAAUAGGGGGCAGGGGGUGACAAAUUUCACGAAUGAACGUCUCAGUGUUAAUGUUGGCGUUAGGAAAGUUAGGUGUCCACAUAAUUUUUGCCAGGAUUGUAGCCAUACAAAAUCCAUUCUGUAUUCAAUAGUCUCAUGUCAACAUUUUCUUAAUUGGUCAAUAUUAUCUAUUAUAGAUUUGGCAACAUGCAUUUGAGCAACUUGCAGUGCCAUCCGAAGAACAUCCUGUGUUUCUAACCGAAGCAGUAAAUAACCCCAGAGCUACCAGAGAAAAAAUGGCCGAGGUAAUUCUAUAUCAAAAUCUUGGCUGACCUUUCCAUUAGCGGCGCGAAAAAGCACCUAUCCAAUAAGGAAUGUACAACUUUCAGAAGCGGAGCAGAACAACAUCUCUCUGUGGCAAUAAUAACUCUGAAAAUAGCAUUCGUAAAAGCUACAGAUAGGUGUUUUUCAUGUCGCUAUGGAAAGCUAUAACAUUGGAUGUAAAAAGUUGGAUGUAAAUUUCUCACACUUGUGGUGUGUUUAUUAAGGUAAUGAUGGAAAAGUUUAACACUCCAGCAAUGUUCAUUGGCAUUCAAACCGUGCUAUCAUUGUAUGCUGCAGGACGUCAGGCAGGCACAGCGUUAAGUAUUGGUGCAGGUGCCACCCAGGUCACACCAGUUGACAAAGGUUUUGCUAUACCUGGCGCUUCUACCUGUCUCAAACUUGGUGGCCAUGACCUCAGACUAAAUCUCGCAAAAAUACUAACAGAAGGCGGUUAUAACAUGAGCAAUUAUUGUGACUUUUUGGAUCAUGCUCAAAAUAUGCUUGAAAAGUUAUGUUAUGUGGCUUUGGAUUUUGAGGAAGAAAUGCAAUCACCCUCAAAGAAAGCUAAAGUUGAGGAUGAAUCAUAUGAAUUGCCGGACGGGGAAAUUAUCACCCCUCGUGACGAGAAGUUCCGAUGUCCAGAAGUGUUAUUCAAACCUUCUCUGCUAGGAAACCUUAAUGAAUAUGAUAUCGAAGAAGGGAUUCACAAAAUGUGCUUUGAUACUAUCUCAAAAUGUGAUUUUGAAAUGCAUCCAUUGUUGUAUAAAAACAUAGUACUAUCUGGAGGCUGUACAAUGUUCCCUGGGCUUCCAGAACGAUUGACAAAAGAGAUCCAAGGGCUUGUCCCAGCUGCAAUGGAAGUCAAAGUAAUUGCGCCAGAACAUAGAAAGAACAGCGUUUGGAUCGGUGGUUCAAUUCUUGCGAGUUUGUCGACGUUUAAAGAAAUGUGGAUUACAAAAGAGCAAUAUGGCGAACUAGGACCAGCUGUUAUCCACAAGUGUCCUUCAGCGUGAUGACAGUAAAUUGUUCAUAUUGCUGAGUGCAAGCACUUUGAAAUUUAAAAAUCCUCACUUUAGACCUUAUUUUAAUCUAUAUAUAACAAUGACAAAGCUACAGCCAUGGCAACUGGUCAUGCUAUGCUAAUAAACCUGCAUUUAAAUAUGUUAAAGACAAAACAUUUCUAAAGUUUGAAUAUUAAAAUUUUCAUGGCAUGAUCGACCUGUUUCACCACUGCUAUAUAAGUUAUGUUAUUGAGUAGGUUUCACUG